AUGCUCCCCAGAUCAAGCAGACGUCUUCUCGUAUCGAAGCCAGUGGCUUCUGGACUCUCGCGACCUACCGCCAGGCUGGCGCUAACUCGCUUCGUGUCGCCGGCUCAGGCCGCCCGUCCCUUUUCUUCCAGUGGAACGAUCCGCAACACGGCGGAAAACGUGACUUUCCUUCCUAAUGGAGAGGCCGUUGACGGCGGCAAAUUCUCUCACUUUCACCGACUGGAAUACCUUCUCAGCGAAACAUCGGCACCAGACCAGAAGGCGCUGAUCGAGCAGCUCUCCGAUGAUGACGUCUCCCACUUAUCGAUUGUCGUCAACACCCGAAAUAGAUGGAGGCCCGCCGAUCCAGGAUUCACACUACCUCGUACAGAUAGGACCGACACUGGAGAAGACACCUGGUCCACAAUCCGCUGUGCCGAGUACCUGUACAACACGUUCAGUUUCCCCACGCUCCAGCACCUGCAACGCUUCAAUAAGGAGGUCGCAGAGUUUCUCGACACGAGAGCGAGAAAGGUCAACCCCGUGCUCCUGUUCGACUCUAGGUCUCGCUCGCUUACCAUCGGUCUACCCUCGUAUGUUGGGAUCGAAGUGCCGUACCCCGCCAACGUCAACUCUGAGAAGAUCAAGGGCCUACUGGCGGAGUACCGAGGGCGCGAAACGUCGACAGAGCAGAAGCGCGAGAUUGCAAACGAGCUCCGGUCAUACGUUAUCGCCAAUGGCUUCAAAAAGUCGUGCCAUGUUCUGCACAUGUUUUUGUUCUCGCUUUACGAAGUGGUGCAAAAAGCGACGCUCGAAGAGAUCAUCGGCAAGAAGACCAGUUUUGCGGCCGAGGUCAUACCACCCCCGCGCAGUGGUAGGGUCGAAGACAGCGUUCCGGUUGACGUAGGCAACAAAGGGACGGGCAGCAUCGCGCGAAGGGCGUCAGACACGUGGCGGAGGGAAAGGAGAAAAGGCGGAAAGACGGGGAUGGGCCCAUCUGGAGCCUCGCCUACGAGGAGGUCAGAACCGAAUCUUGCGGACAGACUCAAGGCAGAUGAUCCUAAGCUACCGGACGCAGGUACAUUUGUCGCUCAGGAUGGGGACAAUCAUGAGGCGAGUAAAGGCGUUGAUGCUCUGGAAGAACACGUUCCGUUCCCGAAGCCCACAGCGGACGAAAUGGGGAUCAAGAAGCCGACCGAGACCUGA